GAGAAUAAUGCUUUAAUUCAGCCCCACUAAAUAGUAACUAUAUAGACUUGAACUCCAAAGUAUAGCCGGAGAAGAGAAAUUUGAGUAACCCUUUCAGCCAACCACUUUGUGGUAAAUUUUCCUCAACUUGUUUACAUAAUUACAUUGUCCAAUAGGUGCUGUCGCCAAGUGAACCGGUUUCCAGGUCGACCGCAGAUUUGGAACCAACCGGGUUUGGGGGCAUCAAACACCAUGCAGGUGCAGUGCCCAAUUUCUUUUUUCUUUGCAAAAAGUUAAGACUCUGAACUGAACUGAACUCAACCACGGAGAGAGAGAGAGAGAGAGAGAGGGAGAGAGAGAGAUUAUUACUGGAUUAUAUCAGAAACGAGAGAAGGAAGCUAGUCUGAGGUGGUGGUUGUUUGUAAUUGAGUUUGGAUUGAUUGUGUUGGAGUAAGAGAAGAAUAAUGGAAGGAGAGCACAUAAGGAGGCACCACAAGCACGAGCCCAAAGACAACCAGUGCACUUCCGUUCUCGUCAAGCACAUCAAAGCCCCCGUUGAUCUCGUUUGGUCAUUGGUGAGGAGCUUCGAUCAGCCACAGAAGUAUAAGCCGUUUGUGAGCCGAUGUAUCGUGCAGCAAGGUGACCUUAAGAUUGGGAGUCUGAGACAGGUGAAUGUGAAAUCGGGACUUCCGGCCACUAUGAGCACUGAAAGGCUCGAACUGCUUGAUGAUGAAGAACACAUCCUCGGUAUCAGGAUUAUUGGUGGUGAUCACAGGCUGAAGAACUAUUCUUCGAUCAUCACUGUUCACCCAGAGAUAACUGAAGGAAGGCCGGGGACCGUAGUGAUAGAGUCAUUUGUAGUCGACGUGCCCAAUGGAAACACAAACGAUGAGACAUGCUACUUUGUUAAGGCCCUCAUCAACUGCAACCUCAAAUCUUUGGCUGAAGUCUCUGAGAGAAUGGCCAUCCAGAUCCGGGGAGGACCCACAGUGCGAGUCUGACUGGCGGGGUGGCAGGAUUUUUAAAGAAUUGUGAUGGCUGUUGGUAAAAAAUCCUGAUUCAGUCACCCACAAGCUUUGUAGAGAUUGGUUGGAGCAGGUCUUUCUCUUCCACUUUCGCACAAGUUUUGUAUGGAGUCUUGCUCUUAGAGUAGACAUUAUCAUCCUCUUUUCAAUUUUAGUUUUGUCCUUGUUUGCUUCUCUUAAAGUGCUGCUCUUACUAUUCGGUGAACUCUACGUAUAAGAGAACUUUGUUCUCUUCCACUGGAAUGUUCUUGGGUUUCGAGCAUGGACUUCUGUAAGUUGUAGUGGUGUAAAAAAUGUAAAUAUACGCGAAAAAUGUGUUGUCGAGUUUGGAUUUUCACGUUUGUGGUGGAAAUGGACUUGUGGGGAUGUGUUUCUUA